UUCAUUUUGGGGGAAGUUAUUAGGCGCGGCUUCACUCAUGUAGGAAGAGAUAGGAGGACUGCCCAUUAUAUCAAGAAAUAACCACAUCUGCCGAAAGGAUCGCAAAAACUAACUUGGACCCCAGACGUUUUUAGGGAAUUUAAAAGAACAAACUUGUUGCAAAUCGACAGCGCCCUCGUAAACAAAUCGGGCUUCUUUGUAGCAAAUCUAAACGGGUUUUCGGGUGACUUUGCUGCAAAUCUAAACGGGUUUUCUGUUGGAUAUUGACUUGAAUUUACCAUCUAUUUUCCGGCUAACUUUCUCUUUUCGCUUGUACGCGGCUUUUGCAGUUAGGCUAUAAGAGUGUUUUACUUACGUUUGUAACUCGUAGAGGCGUCUACCGAGGGAGCUUCUCUUUCUCCAUGUCUCACAAGCAGCGUUUUACAGUGCUUUCACUUCGCUUCCCGCAAACCCAACUUCAUGCGCCUUGUGCCUUUAUGCGCAAAACCGUCAAUAAUUCGAUUAGGCUACUCGCCAGUUUAGUCGAGUUUUAAUUUACAGCCACAUUAAACUAAACUGCUAAAACUCCAAAACCGUCGUCCCGAGGCAAAGAUGGCUGGAGAGCAGGUUUCUCGAAAUUCACUACUGUCUAUUGUAAUGCGAAACUAACCCAUUCACUGCCGGAUCACCAGCGCGCUCAGACCAAUGGAGUCUUAACUGGGAAUACGGGCAUAGUUUUCUACUCUUGUGUCUUAUAUUUAUUGGCGUUUUCCAAUGGCAUAUGGGGAAAAAGCGAAUGCUGUCUGUGUAUGUUUAAACAUGUAGAAAGGCAAUGACAAAUAAGUAUUCCGAAUAUGAUAAAAAGGAAAAAUAUUUUAAAGAUCUAGUUCUUUUAAAUAUCUAGGAACUGUGCUUUCCUUGCAACUUCGUUAUUUUGAUAACCAGAUCGUUUAUUCAGAACAGUUUUAAACACAUUUUACACAAUGUAAAACAACUAAAUUGCUGCCCACAUAGACAUUCAUUUUUCCCCUCCCCCCAAUAUACAUUUUUUCUGAUUUUUUAAAUAUAUGGUAGAAAUGCUACUAAUGUCAACAUAUUUGACUUUGAAGCCCCACAAAACAAUUUAGAUAAUAAAUGCAUGUUCAUCACAGAAGUUUAUUCAAGUCUUGUGUAUUGUAAUAACAUAGCAGAUCCAAACAAAAGUCACAUCACUGACCCAGAAACAUAGUCUUAAAUAAAGAUGAAUGUUAAAAACUCUGAUUCCAAUACGUUAACAUUUUUCUUUUAGCAAAAUGAAAAGAGUUUUUUUUUUCCUGCACAGACUGCUUUCCUACAGAUCGUCUGAAUUUGGACUCAAAUAUUGAAAAUCAAUGCCAGUGUUUAACGAAAAUGAAAUAAAACUCUCUUAUAUUUUCUCCAUCCAGCAGAUAAACCUAAGGUAUACCAGGGUGUGCGUGUGAAGACCACCGUUAAGGAGUUGCUGCAGAAGCACAGAGCCCUGCAGGCACAGAAAACCGCAACGAAAUCACAAGCCGUGGCUGCUCGCGAUGUCUGUUCUACGACCAUGAAUACCCACCUUGAUAUCUUUGGAAUGCAAGCUCCAGAGCCCUAUUUCCAGACACGUCCCUUUACCGAAAAUGUCAACAUCCCGAUGGAGAAUGCUUAUGAUCAUCAACAGAUGAUGCAUAUGAUGCCACCUGAGACUUUCAGCUGCAGUAAUUUCGUGUGUCCCAUCUCUGCGCAGUGGUCUGAUGGAUAUCUACCUUCUAACACGGACCUCUAUGGUACUAGCCUGGUUUCGAGGUCACCCUCAGACUCCAUCAAUCUCCCCAGUCCCGUCGACUACAACAGUUACUCCCCCCCUCAGUCCAACUCUUCAUCUUCUUCGUGCUACAACUCCCCAACACGGAUGGAUUUGAGCUCCAGUUUCUCUCCAGAAAAUUACCACUAUCAGCAUUGCAACCUACAGCAUUGCUUUUGUCUGUCGCACUGGUCCAAUGUGCAGGAAGGCAUGGCAACCUCAGAGUUUGCGCCCUACGGCUCAUCAGACUGUUUGUAUUCAUAUGGCGACGACAGCUAUUUCAGAAGGGAUACUUCAAACUCAGACAUGUGUUACUUAUAAAAUGCAUUUUGAAGCGCUUUGCGCGAAAA